CCCAGUGAACUAUGUUACCACCACUUGGCCCCAUACCAUGCAAUUUGAGCUGUCCGAAUUGCUCGAAACAGGUGCAAACGCGUAUGGAAUACAGAGCGUCCUCAAAAUCACAUAUUAUCGCUUUAUUGCUCGCUGGAAUGCUUUGCUUACCCUGUGCUUGCGCUGUGUACUGUACGGAAUGAGCUCGCAAUGUGGAACACUACUGCCCUUCAUGUAAUGUCUUUUUGGGUGUCUACGAUCGUUGAGGAGCAUUAUC